UUCUUGUGUGGCCCUAUUGCAGCCGAGGACAGACAGAAGCAAGUGGACCGGUUGGAAGCUAAGCUAACUAUUUCAAUUGAAAGCCCGUUAAUGCUGGAUUUUGAGCGGGUUUCUGUCCCAGUAUAUGCGUAGACCCGUUUCCAAAAAUUCCGAGCUACAUGGGAGCAUUUUUGUUCCUAGGCUAACAAGCAGAAGUGGACGUUUAUUUUGACAAAGCGCUUUGGCGGUGCUAGUUGAGCAGGCAAGCGGGUAGGCGCCACUUCUGUUUGACAACAGCGCUGUUCGCACACGUUUCUGCUGUUGUUGCUUUCGGAGCAGCUUACUGGAGUAGGUAAUUCCUCUGAGCUGCGAGCAGUAAAGGAAGAGACCGCAUUCUGAAGUCGUUUUAAGGCUAUCUCUAAAUAUAAGUUAGCAUGGCAGAAUUUCUCGAAGAUCCGUCGGUUCUCACGAAAGAUAAGCUAAAGAACGAGCUCACGGCGCACAAUGUCCCGCUUCCGAGCGGAGACCAGAAGAAGGAGGUUUACGUGCAGUUGUAUCUAAAGAACUUGACCAUACAGAACAACAAGAAUAGUCCUCCUUUAGACACAUUCUCCAGCGACGAAGAGCUGCCCACCCCGGUUGUUUCCAACAGGAGCCGCUCUGGAAGAAAAGCAACGAAAAAGACGGACAAGCCGCGCACAGAGGAGGUGGAGGUGACGGAGCUCACAGAUGAAGAUUUGAAACAACAGCUGGCAAAGCACGGUGUGGACACUGGACCUAUUGUUGCUUCGACCCGUAAGGUGUACGAGAAGAAGCUGCAGAAGCUUCUGGAUGAGCAUGCGGCUGAACCUGCAGCUCCUACAGACGUCACAACUCUCCCCAAAGCAGACAGCAACCAGAACGGCAACACAAACUCUGACCACUACAGUGACAAAGAAGAUGAAGAGAUCAUUCCCACUGAACCAGAACCGGUUCCUGUGGUUGAGAAGCCUGUAAGGAGCAGAGGAAAAACUCCUGUCACAGUCAGAACCAGCAGCAGACGACAAACCAAGGUUGUAGAAGAGGCCAUCACUGAAGAGACUCCAAAGAAAGCCAGCAAGAGUGUGGUUGAAGAUAUCCUUGCCAAUGAAAUAAACACACCCACAGGCAUCAGUGCAACCUGCAGGCGUCCAAUCAGAGGGGCAGCCGGUCGGCCAUUAAAACCCAGCGAUUACUGGCUGGACGAGUCUCGUGUGCAGCGCACUGUUCACACAGAGAGCCGCAGCUACACCGAGAUGUAUUCUCAGCCAAUCAGCUCCACCUCCUCCAGCAAAGCCCCGCCCAGACGAGGUUUCCUCUCCCUGCUGAUCAAACUCCUGCUCCUCAUUGUGGUGGUUGGUUCCCUAUACUAUGCGUACCAGAACCUCAGUUCGGAUCAGAUCGACGUCCUGAAAGGCCUCCUAGAUGCCGUCGUUGUCCCGGUCCAAAGUGCUGUGGAGACAGCAGCCAACUACCUUGGCAUCGGCGGCAGCACCGCCGCCGCCAUCAGCAGCCCCGACAACUAAAGGACCGUCAGCAGCUUGCCACCAUGCCCGGAUCACCUCCCAUGCCACAGCGCGCCACAACUCCAACAGCAGGCCACUCCCCCUUUUCUCCUGUCACGUUUGGACAAAAAGACAAAGUUUUAAUUGGAACGACAGACUUCAUUUUACCAGACUCCAACUUUUCUCCCGCCACAGCAGGGGGGAGAGUUCCUCAAAACAGUAGCUUCUGAAUAACGCUGUUGCUCGACAGUCAGAAGAGACGACUUAAAUGUUGAUUUUAAUCUGUAAAUCGUUUGUGUCUUUGUGUGCAUCUAACCCGUAUAUGUAGAAACGAGUGUGGAGCGGAGUGGCCAGUUUUAUCCGUGCAUGAUUGUAGUUUUUUUUUUGUUUGUUUUUUUCCCCCUUGACUGUCAUACUGUAGUUUUGAUCCGACGCGCUGUGCCAGGUGUUUUUCUGACUGUGAAGUGCCUGGACACUUGUUAGCACAUAGUGCCCCUCCCCUUCUUUUAUUACUUUCACUCUUCUUUUAUUUUUUUUGUUUUCCACACACAAAGCAGCGCUUCUAUUAAUACCAUAAUGUUCUCAUGUUUCUGUACGAAUUAAAAAAGAAUUGGCUUUGUAGCAGUAGAGGUGAAGGUAGUUAUUUUUAUGUCUGUGGUGCUCAGGUUGAUUCAUUUCAGACGUUUUAUGGUGGUAGGAGAGACAGGCGGUGCCAGCAGGCCACCGAAUGAGGAAAAUCAGCCGGUUAAUGUUUUCCUGUCUUUCCCAGGGGCUUUCAGUCGUGAUGAGUAAAAUCUAAACUCGGUAUUGGAAUCAUGAUUAACUGACUAUGAACUGAAUACUUUUUUUUUUGGCAUUUUUUAUCAGCAUUGUCGUAAAUUUACAAAAAGAAAAUCCAAAUUUAGUGUAUUUUUUUUUAUUUGUAUUAACUGCCAUAUAUUUGACUUAAAGGAGGACUCAAAAAUGUAAUUGUUAUAUUCCAUCCUUAUCUAUGAGCCCAUAGGAGUUUAUGCCCGCCGAAUUGUGUUCACAAUUACGUCUCUUUUUAUUUUAACCAUUGUUUAUGAGAUUUUUGAUCCUUCAGUCCAUCAUACAGGGCUGGCUGUUGCAGUGCACCCACAUAGCCCGCCUCAAACGGCCGCAAAGACGACAUCUGGAGGAAAGUAACUCGCUUCAGGGCGGUUUAACCCAGUCUUACAUUAGUCAGCGCCAAACUAAAGGCGAGGUUAAAUGCUUGGACUUUGGUUCGCUUUCUCAACAGAAGUGAGGACUCGCUCACUUGGAGGUGACGUUUGGAGUGGCACAGAUUUCUGCAGGGGUUUUGUUUCUAUUUUGAUAUUUUUCUAAAGUGGCAUGCUCAACAUUUUUUAUAGACAUUUUAAGGUAACGAUUUCAAGCAAUAUGUUAGCGACGCGAGUAAUACUGUACAGUAAAUCUGAACCUUGCUAAAUUACAAGUGAUUCAUCUUCAGGCAGCUCUCCAACAAUGGACACAAAUGACUGGGGUUAUGUGGGUAAGGAUUUUUAAUCUGUUUAUUUAUGAUAAUGUAGGCUGUGUGUCAAAAAAUAAAUUCGGUUGUCACCACAUUUUCUUUUUGUCCACUUUUAGCUUUUUAUUAGCGUAAAGUCAUUGCUUAUACAAACAGUUUUUUUUGUGUCAUACAGUCUUUGAUAAUAUGGACUUUGCUUUCAGGUUUUUUGGAUAAGUAUGGUGAAAUGUUCAAUAGCCUUAUAAUGCUGAAUAAAUGCAGUAGUUUUCCCAUU